CAGUCUGAUCAGUUUGUUGGCACCAAUUUUACUAGUGGCACUACAGUUGCUGCUGCCAUCGGAGACGGCGCCGUCCUUAAUUUGAAUAAGACUGCUGUAAUUACUACCAUCACCACCGCCACCACUACUUCAAGUUGUGUGACCACACCUGUCUCUAGUUUAACGCCGACCGCUGUUGCAAGUGGUGUUUGCAGCCUUGGACAAGGCCUGAGCGGUCGUGCGAGUAGCAUCGACUUUAUGCGACGCGUCGAACCUCCCUCGUCUUGUCUGGCUGGCAUUGAGACUCUUCUACCUUCACCUCCUAGUCCAGUGCCUCUGCCUUCGCCUCGAAAGGUGCCUAAUUCCACUUCACCCAUAGUAGGCACAUCAGCUCGCCAAAAUGCUGUCUACUCUGCUAAAGCCACGGUCACAACUCAGGUUCCCACCGAAAUAAUUGAUCUACCCAAUUGGCCCAGCGGGGAGGUAAAGCAUACGCAACGAAAAAACCGGGAGUCGACCCGGUUGCUGAAAGGGGAAAUGGCAACAACUUCCAGCUGUCGCCCACUUGGUCAGACUGAGGUGGUGGUGCCGGAGGCAAACGAAGUUCUAUCCAGACGACGUCGAGGGUCAGGGGAUGCUAUAGCUAAUACUGUUGCACCAUCAAUAAAGUCUGAACACUCUACCGGAACAGCGAAACUGAGGUCAGGCAGCUGUGAUCGUGGAGGAGGAACUACCAGGCGAGAGAGCCUUAAUUCGCCACUGUCGCAAGCACACAGGCGGCACUAUUCUACCAAAGAUGUAGCCAUAUAUGCGGGUAAACCGCAGCUUAUGGCCAACUGUACUCGCGCUUCGGCUGAUAAUAUAUCCUCCCCAUAUAAUAGAAAGAUCGCGACCAUAUUCACCCAUACACAGAGUAGUGUUUCUAACGAACAACAGGUGACGCCGUCGAAGCCACGAAAUUCGAAUAAGAUCAACCUUUCUAUGAAUGCCGGAUUUUCCUCUGGAAAUGAACAGUUAAAGCCUAGGAAUUCAAUGAGGAAUAUGGCUCGGGUGAGUAAUCUAAUGAAGAUAGCUUAA